AUGCGCAGUAAGUCACAGCUAGCGAUCGAGCAUGCCUACCGCACGCGCGAGCAGUCGUCAGAAACAUGGGUGUUGUGGGCCCACGCUAGCAACGCCGCCCGGCUGGAGCAAAGCUUUCACGAUAUUGCCGACCGCGUCAGGAUCGUAGGACGUCAAGAUUCGCAAGCCAACAUCUUCAAGCUGGUGCACGACUGGCUGUGCGACAGCAAGCAGCCAUGGCUGCUCGUGCUAGACAACGUGGACGAUGCCAGCUUUCUACUCGAGGCCCAACCUGCCAGCUCCAAGACCGCCGCUAGAUCGCUGCGCGAGUACCUCCCCCACUGCGAGCACGGCUCGAUGCUUAUUACAUCGCGAAGCAAAGAAGCGGCGCUGCAGCUGGUGGAGCAGCGCGACAUCAUCACGCUGGGCCCGAUGGACGAGGCGCAGUCGCUGGCGCUGCUUAGAAAGAAGCAGGGAGUGCAAGCGGACAAGAGCAAUGGUGCUGAGCUGGCAGAGCUGGCUGCAGCGCUCGAGUACAUACCGCUCGCUAUUACACAGGCUGCUGCAUAUAUCUUGCGAAGCGCACCUCGUUGCUCAGUGGCACGGUACCUAGAAGAAUUUAGGCGUAGCGACGGCGGAAUGACAAGCCUGCUAAACCACGAAGCAGGACAUCUUCGAAGAGACAAAGAGGCUAAAAACUCCAUCAUUAUUACAUGGCAAAUAUCAUUCGAGCACUUGCGACAAUAUAAACCGUCAGCAGCUGAGCUGCUCUCACUAAUGAGCUUCUUCGACCGGCAGGGAAUCCCAGAAUCACUUAUCCGCGGCGGCCAAGGAGUGGAUAGGGCUAGCACAGCUCCGGAGAGGAGGGAAAGGUCAACGAGGCAGCGUUUUAGGUUUCUCUUCAGCCGUAUACAGAGUCAGCCUAAGGCCCAGCGACAGCACGAAGAAAACGAUGGCGAUGACAGUGGCGAUGGGAGGAAAUUUGAGAACGACAUAGUGGCGCUGCGCGAUCUCUGCCUUAUCUCUAUCAAUACAGAUAACGCUACUUUCGAAAUGCACAGUCUCGUGCAGCUUGCAACAAGGAGAUGGCUUUUUGCAAACGGCAAACUUGAGCAAUGGAAGCAGGUGUUUGUUAGUAACCUUUGUGCAGCGUUCCCGACAGGAGAGUAUGAGAACUGGGCAGCGUGUCAAGCGCUGUUCGCACACGCUAAGGCGGCAGCUGGCCAGAAGCCAGAAGCGACAUCCUCGCUAAUAGAGUGGGCUACGCUACUAUAUCGUGCAGCAUGGUAUGCAACGAGCAAAGGAAGCGCGGCAGAAGCAGAAACCCUAGCAAUACAGUCAAUGAAGGUACGAAAGACGGUCUUAGGGCGAGAGCAUGAGGACACGGUAUGGAGCAUGGCAAUGGUGGCAGAUGCUUACUCACUUAGUGGACGAUGGGACGCGGCUGGGAAGCUGAGGGCGCAAUGGGAUGCAGCAGAGGAGCUGGACGUGCAAGUGAUGAAGACAUGCAAGAAGAAACUAGGAGCAGACCAUCCUUUCACGCUGACCAGCAUGGCUAAUCUUGCUUGGACAUGGAAAAGCUUAGAGAGAAGUGCUGAAGCUAUAGGCUUGCUGCAGGAGUGCGUUCAUCUUCGCUGUCAGACUCUUCGACCAGGGCAUCCUGAUCUAGUAUCUGCUCAGGAAACCUUAGCUGAAUGGGAAGCAGAGCAAGCAGGUAGAACUCUUGCGAUAAGUUAA